AUGACCCAGCCCCUCGAUAGCAAAGAGGAUCCUCUUAACCUGGGCCGCGGGGGGGCGUCCUCUGCCCCAUUAAGCACCUGGUCUUCCUGCCAUCGAAGGCGCAGGGCCGCUCCGGUUUACAGGUGGUGGCAUCGCUAUGGUCCCAAGGCCGAGUAUGAGCCCCCAAGGAAACAGCCGAAGCAACAGCACGGCUCAGGACGUUGGUUCCAGCCACCCAGACGUCCCUCUUGGGCCGUGUAUUCUAACUGGGGGCGCUGGGGAGGACCCUGGCACCCACCUCCGGAGGGAUUCCGGAAGCCCCCUGGCCGGGUGCAAGUGAUCCAGGUGUACGGCCUGCACCCAUUCUGCCUUUGCUGCUGCUCCUGCUGGCGCGGGCCCUGGAACCCCGGCUGGGCGAGGCCCCCGGGCAGGAAGAAGCACUGGGGCCGCCGGGGCCGCGGCCUGCGCCGCGACCCUCGCCGCUCCUUCCAGAGGAGCCCUUCAGAGGAUCUGAGCACGCUGCUGCGGCCGGUCAACCUGUCCAGGUGGCGGGUACCCGGCCUGCGGGCGCCGCGGAACACCACCCAGUUCAUCAUGAACCAGAUCUACGAGGAUAUGCGGCAGCAGGAGGCGCUGCGCGCGCAGCAGGCCCAGGCGGGCGGCACCGCGUCCCCGGCCGGCUCCUUCGGAAACGAUGCGCCCCCCAGCGGUGGCGAGGAAGACGCGGAGCUGCGGGAAACUUUGUACAGCUUUGGGCAGAAUCCUUCUCUAGCCUUCAGUCCUGACCCGGAUGGGGAAAACCAGUCUCCAAACCCACAGCUGGUAGAGGAAGAGGAGAAAAACGAUGACGAUGAGGAGGAGGGGUGUGACGAGGAGGAGUGUGAUGGCAAGGGGUUGGAGAGCGAGGAGGAGGAUGCAGAGGCAGAGGCCAAGGGUGAAGAGGAGGUAGAAGAGUCCGACUCUGCGGAGGAGGGGGAGGAGGAGGAAGAGGAGGGGCCGCAAGAGGAAGAGGAGGGGCUGCAGGAGGAUGAGCGGAGGGAGGAAGAGAAUCGUUUGCCUCUGGAAAUGCCUUUAUCGAUCCUCGUGGGGGCGGAAGAAGAGAGAGAGAACUUUAUAAAUUGUACUAAUUUAAACCCAAAACAGAUAAUUCCCAAAGUGCCACAGGAAGCUCUCCUCAUGGUACAGGACAUUAACUGUUAG